GCGAACUACGAUUUCCAAACGCUCGCUCUGCAACGCUCAAUGGGAAGUGGUGGCGCAGCUUAAGCCGCCGCCCAGGCUCGUGGUGGGCCUACUUCGACUUAGUUCAUUUCCCCCUCACACGCUCGGUGGUUUUUCUUUGUUAGUUUGUAAAGCGAGUUGUUGCAUUACCCCACCCCCCCCACCCCGUUGUUGUCUUGACGUGAGGCAAACAUGACGGGGCGCGCAUGGCCGAUGAUCGUCGACGAGGCGCGAUCCCCGCAGACCCUGCUUACUGCGAGUUUGCAGAUUGUGGCGCGUGCAUUCCCACGCUAUUCCGGGGAGGUGGAGCAGUUGCCGCACAACCUUAAAACCAAACUCCUCUACCUGCUGGUCAAGCAAGGAGAGAUCACUGACCAGAACAUCGGCAAGUUUGUGAACCCUCAGGUGAAAAAGUUGAACUUCUCUCGGUGCAGAAUCACGGAUGAGUGCCUGAGGCAGCUGACUUCAUGCAAGCUCCUUCUCGUAUUAAUACUCAACAACACCAAUGUCACAUCCGAAGGAGUGGAGAUAUUAGCAGCGUGCUGCCCAUUGCUGCGGGACGUGCAAUUGUCGCAGUGCACAGAGCUCACCGACCGGGCAAUAAUAAAGCUGGCUGCAUCCUGCCCACAGCUAUGGAUCCUAAACUUGAGAGGAUGCCAUCGUCUGGGCGAUGCCUCUCUUCACGCCUUGGGACGUGCCUCCUCAUCCUUGCAGUUCAUUAACUUUGCUAAAACGCAGGUGACAGAUGAAGGUGUGAUUGCGCUGGUGAAUGGGGCAUGUUCCAAAUCCUUGGAGGAGGUGCACAUGGACCACUGCCCUAGUCUGACAGACAAGGCAGUGGAGGCUGUACUCAAGUCCUGCCCACAAAUUAAAUACCUGCACUUCCACGAAUGUCCUCUCAUGACAGAGCAUUCAAGGGUCAUCUUGGACGAUUAUAUGCAAGCCCACAAUCACUUGCAGUCUGUGACCUGGACAGUGUACUGGAAUGAUCUAUAACUGCGGAAACAGUGGUGUGGACCUGGAUUGUAUGUGUAAACAAGCUAUAUGUGGGAACACAUUCUAAAUCCAUUAUGUAGAUUUGUUUACUUAAUUCACUAUUAAAACAUGAAAGGAAGGCAUUUACAAGAAUAUACCAUCACGUUGACAACUGGUGUGUCAAAGAUACCGUGUAACACUGAAGGUUGGGGAUAUUUGUUACAAAGACAUCGUAUUUAUAAAAGAGUGUUGUAGAAUAUUAGUUUUUUUAACUGUAAUUAAUGUUACAACCAUAUGUAAGCUUCAUACUAUAAGUAAUUGGCAUGGAUUUUUUUUUAUAGACAACGGGCAUCUAAAGGGACUAAAUUUAAGAAAGUGAGUGACUUGUGUGGUAUUAUUUGUAAUGGUUAUUUUGUAACAACAAACAUUCUAGUUGCUGUUCUAAAACCUUAAUUUGUGGCUUGAAUAAAUAGUUGCUCAGUAUCAAGGCCCCAGUCUGCUUCACACUAAAACCGGCCACUCAGCUGAGGAAUGUUGUAGCCUUAAAAAAAAUGUUUUUAGCCAAUGGACCACUUUGAACUGUGCCAUUCUUGGCGUGAUGUUUGCCAUUUCAUUCCACCAAAGUGGAGUUUGUGGAUGUACCCACUUCAGCUGGGUCCACCACUUACAUAAAAAAAAUAUUUAGCAAUGUCAGGCUCUCAAAUACCUAAGCAAUGAAUCGAGAGACAUUUUUACAACACUAAUACAUAUUAUCUGAUUUGCUGAAUGAUUAACGUUUAAUAGUUGAUGUAUUUAUGCAUACAAAUUAUUUUAUUUUAAAUUGUUUCAUGUUGCUGUGUGCUUAUCUGUGAUCUGUGUUAAAAGUUGACGUUCUUUGCUAUGUACAAAAUUAACAUUUUUCACUGGAAGUUUUUUUUAUCAACAAGGUUUGUAGUGUUUAGUGUUGAUGUUUUUAUUUAAGAAACAAUGAAUAAAAUACAUUAUUAAACGUCCCGUUUUCAUGAAAUAUGAAAAAAUAUAUAUGUAAUCCCAUUUGAGAUGGAACAUUGUAACCUGACCAAACAAUUGAGGUAAUCUGUCUUAAGCCAGUAGCUUUGACCACCGCGUUUGUGUAUGUUGCGCAACAAACACUAAGCAUGUUAUCGUGCCUAAAUUUAAAUUCGGUGGAGACAAAUAGGUUUAUGCUCUGUGCUAUGACUUUUAUGUGUUCAAUGCUGGGGUAUUUUUUUACGUGAAGAAAAUGACUCAUUACAAAUCAUUCAGCCACUUCACGUGGAUAAGUAAGCUAAGUGGCAGCUGUGAGGGGGUCUGGUAAAAGCACCCAUCUUGAUCAAGUUGUCGUGGCAACACAGGUUUACUUUUGUCCUUAAAAUUAAACAUUUCAUCGGCAAGGUGUUCUCACCAGAACAUUGUCUGCCUGGAGCUCAUCAACAAUAAGGUACAACCGUUUUACCUUGAUUCUUCAGAACUUAAAUACAUAUUUUAAGUGACUGCGAAAUUAUUUUCAAUAUCAAAGCGGUAAUAAUGUGCACUCGUGUUUAAAUGGACUCCAGUAUUAUUUUGCAUCUAUCACAGAGACAGUUUAAAGUAAUUUAUGACAUAAAAGCCUCUUGACAGUACGUUGCUUUAAAAAAAGUGCUGUAUUUUUAGUGUUUUGGCAUUGUAAUGUGUUCAAACUAAAUGUUUCUUGGGAUGAAACCGAAUUUUAUCUGCGUGGCAGGAGAGCAUGCAUCCAAAACCUAGAAUAUUGUGUAAAAUGAGCCAAUGCAGCACUGGCCGAUGACGAUAUUUACAUUUGCACAAAUGUGUCGUGCCCACGUGCGUGCACGCGAGUCAAUUAGAAGCACCACUGUGUGUUUAGUCCGAUGUCCUCGUGGAAGAUCACUAAAAGAUCAAUGUAAGAGGACUAAAAAUGCAUUCAAUAUGUGUAUGGGAUAAUACACAAGACUGCUAACUUAAAUUAGGUACAUAUAUUAUACAUAUUAGGGUUUGCAUAGAUGCAUUGAUUUGGUAUGUAAUAUUGCAAGCACGAACUAAAAUACUGUUAACAUGAAAUUAUAAUUAAAUUGAAAAGCAAGUGAAUAAUGACCCAUG